AUGAAGAUCCGGCUUCUUUUUCUUCUAGUGAUAAUCUUCAUACAGAACAAUAUUUCCCUUCAAUUUGAAGAGGGGAAAGUUGUUAUUGAUCGUUCUCAACAAAAACCUGAGGCCGAUGGUUUUUAUCAAAUAUCAAAUUAUGAUUUUAAAUGCUUUCGACAAUUAUCAACAUGCUCGUCACAUGGAUGGUCAUUAAGAUUUAACUUACGUCUUAAUCCAUUUCCAAUCAUUGAUCGUGAACGUAAAUCUUUAUUAUUUAGUACUGGUGCACACGAACCACAUGGCGACGGAAUAUUAAUUUAUUUGUAUCAAUCAAAAAAUGCUUCUUAUCUUGAAUUCGGUUUAAAAGAAUUUCGUAACGAUGAAUUCGCUUAUUAUUGGCAAAUCGAAGUUGAUCUAGAAGUUAAUAAAUGGAUUGACGUUUUAACAACAAUUGAAGAGCGUGCGACUGCUAAUGGACAUCAUAAUCAAAUGAAAAUAUUUUUUGAUGGACAAUUUUAUAAAGAAACACAAAUAGAAAAUUAUACCGAAGUAUUUGUAUUUAAAUAUGAUAAUUUUCAUCCAAAAUUAGCUGUCAUUUAUGGAAAUGAUACGGGUUUAGUUACAUUUGAUGAAAUUCUUUAUUAUGAGAGAAUUCUAUCGGCAGAAGAAAUUGCUAAUGUUUCUACCGAUCUUGUUUCAAUGGGGUGUUUAAAGGAGAAUGAUCGUGUUCAUCAAUACAUGAUUCCUGAGCAAUGUGACAAAUGGCAACAAUGUCGAGAAGAAUGUCAUCAUCGAAGAAUGAAGAUUGCACUUUAUUCAUUGACAGAUGGUCGAUGUGGAUGUAUAUCAAGUUCAUUUGAAUUAGAUUCUUCAUUUAAAUAUGAGAAGAACUUUUGUAAAUGUCCUUUACCAACGUUAAAAUCAGAUGCACAAUGUUCCAAUGAUGGACAAUGGCAUGUAAUGUCCGUAUCGAAUGUUAUCGAAUUGAUAGACAGUGAAGUCGGUCUUGAAAUUCGUUUGGCUGACUCAAGUUUUCUUGUUCAUGGCCGAACGCGAGCACAAAUAAAUGAAGGUGUUGAAAUUAUAGUUACGGUGAAAAAUGAACGAAAUCUUGCGUCAUUAACUGUUUAUGGUGAUAUUGAAGGUCAAGAAGUUACUAAUUCAAGUUCAAGUGAAAUUUAUAUUACUGCUGGUGUCGUUAAUCUCUCAUGGAAAAAUGAAGGUGCAAAGAAAGUUCAAUUUCGUGCUGAUUAUCGCCGAAUGGUCAAUCAUGAAAUGGCUGAAUAUCGUACAGUUUAUGUCGAUGUUGUUUAUAUAAAAACUGAUUUACCAUUACAAUUUGUUCAUUUUUCACCUGAUAAUCGGAAUGGUCAUAUGCAUCAAAACUUUACUGUACAAACGUUUGGAAGUGUACCUAUCAAUUGCACAAUUGAGUAUGGAGAUGGAAGCCGUCAAAUAAAUGGUACAAGUCGUCAUCAAUAUUAUACAGCUUAUUUUGCACGAAAUUAUACUCGUUAUGGACAAUAUAACAUUUCAGCUCGAUGUUAUAAUGAACGUAGUGCUAAUACUACAUACUUAUUACGAACAGUUCGGCGAGAAAAUGUGAAUAGAAAAAUGAUUAUUUAUAAAGAUUUGAUGGAAUCAUCAACACCAUCGCGAUUUAAUUUAAUAUCACGCGAAGAUUAUUCGUUUCAACAUGCAAGUUGUUUACAGUUAAAAAAUGCGAUUACCAAUGACAAAAUGAAAUUGAUUUGGAGAAAGAAAACAUUGGAAGUUAUACCAAAUGAGCCAUUACCUAUUGGCAAACAUCUCUAUCAACUUGAAUGUGAUUCUGUUGCAUUACAAGCAUAUUAUCUUUAUGUUCAACCCGCCAUACGUUCGCUAGACAUUGCAGCAUCUCAAACAACAAUAAAAGCUGGCCAGUCAAUACAAUAUUCGAUUACUCUUGAACCUACAUUAGAUUUAACAAUAAUAUUCGAUUGUGAUACACCAAACACUCCAUUGGAAAUUAUUCAUAUUCCAAAAAUAACUGAUGCAUCUCCAAUUGUUGUUGCUAAUUGUACUUAUGCACAACCUGGUCAAUAUCAUCCAUUGGUUAGUGCAAUCAAUCGUAUUAAUUUAGUAAAUCAAUCAAUACGUAUUGAUGUUGAAGAACCAUUAUCACCAUUUAAAGUUGAUAUUGAAGAUUGUACUGAUGUUAAUCAAUUAUCAUUAGUUGUUAUUCGUGCAUUAGAACAUAUACCAUUUGAAGGUUUAUUUACUUUAACUAUCAUUGAUAGAGUGGACGCAAAUGUAAAAAAUGUAACACGAACUGAAAGCAUACAAUUAUUUCCAUCAAAUAAUUUUACUGAACAAUUCUAUAUGAAUAUAACAACAUACGGAAGACAAACAUUACAUGUACGUGGUGGAGAUUAUCCAACAAUACGUGAAGCACAAACUACAUUUACUGUUGGAACAGAGAUAACAACAAAACCACAAGUUUAUAUUUUAAACCAAAUGGCUAUUGUCAAUGAGGAUUUCACUUGGGUUGAUGUUCAGUGGAUUAAUGGUAUCGGUUUCGAUGUACAAAUUGAUUUUGGAAAUGAAAAGAAAGUUUUAAUACGUUAUGCACAAAUAAUAACAUCCCAGUUGAAUCGAAUGGUAAAGAAAAAUGAUGGUGCACACGAAAUACAAUGGAAACGAUUAAGUAAACAUCGAAUACAAGUUGGAUAUAAAUUUACAAAAGCUGGCACAUACAAAAUUGAGGUCACGUUCGUUCAACCAUCUUCGAAAUUCCUUACUGCUGAAAUUGCAUGUCCAACAGUAACCAUCGUGAAAGGUAUAGUUCAGCCUGAAGAUACAUGUUUUCUAGAACAACAAUUUUCUCUAACAUCACCCAAUGCCAUCAAUAAUGUAACUCUAUCAUCACCUGUACUAUUUUUACCAUACAGUCUUCAACAUCAUCUUGAACCCGUAAUAGUUACACCAUGUUCAGAUAAUGAUCUGAUAUAUUCAUUUUAUCUUUUAUCCAUUGAUUCAACUCACUGGAAAUAUUCUCGUACACAACGAUAUUCAAAUUCAAUCGCUGAAUCUUUUGAAGAAAUAUUUCUCUCAAAGGAUUGUUCUGAACUUGGACCAAAAUCAACAUUAACAAUUGAACCAAAUUCACUCCCACAUGGUUAUUAUUUAGCUGUGUUUACUGUUACUACAAGUUCAAAUCAAGUUGAUUUUCGACAAUUUCUUCAACCCAUUGAAAUCAUACGUUCAGAUUUGGUAACAACCUUCGGUGGUAAUGAAACAAUAACAAUUGAUGGUCAAACAGUUCAUUUAGAUUUUUAUUCUUCAACAAACGAUCCUGAUACAACUGAAUUUGAUCGUCGUAAACUUAAUUUUACUUUAAUAUGUUAUCCAGAAGAUAUUCAAUCAUCCAUAUUUUAUCCUAAUACACUUCAAUUGGGUGCAUCAAGACCAACAUCAACUAAUCCACAAAAUCUUAAUAGUUGGUCUAUACAAUGGAAUAAUUUAACAUUAGUCACACGUCGUCCAGAAUUAAACAUUCAAAUCUAUGAAAAUCAAUGUUUUAUACCAAAAACCAAACGUAAAAUGCAUAAAGAAACAAUUUCUUUUAAUUCAAAAACAAAAAGAUUUAAUCUGACUGAAACUGAUCUUGAAGUAAAUAAUGGGUCAAUCUAUUUCCUACUAAUCAUUCGGCAUGUAACUGAUGGACGACAAUUAAUUUCGCGUUUAGAAGUUGAUAAAAAGAUAAAUUAUGUAUUUGAUACAGCUGACUUAAGUUUAUUAGAAGAAGUAAUGGGUAAUUUAGAUGACUUAGCUGCAGCCAAUCCACAAAAAGCAGUAGCAUUAAUUUCUGGUUUAGCCGAUAAACUUAAUGAAAUGAGUGAUAAUUCUACAAUGGGUGAAAUGAAUGAAACCGAAGCAAAAUCAAUCAAUGAUCGGAUGUCAGCUAUGCGAUCAAAAAUGUUAUCAUCGAUGGAUACAGUCUUAGAAUCAGCAAAUGAUCCGGGUAUGGUCGACAAAGCUUUGAAAGCUAGUGCAACAGUAACAGCAAAUAGUGAUCAAAUGCCAUUGUCAAAUCAAGAAAAAGGAGCUGGUAUUAUUGAAAAAGUGGGCUCCAAAGUAAGAGAAAUGGAAUCAGCAGAUGAAAAUACAGUGACGGAACUUGCUUCAUCAUUAAUGGACGUCGGUGGUAACGUUCUUCAAGCUGCAUCAAAAACUGUUUCGAAAGAUAAAGGCAAUGAUCCUGAUGCUGUUAUUGAGAAUCUUGAAUCUGACAUGAAAGCAGCUGACAAUGAUGAAACCGAUACUAAAGUUAUUUAUGCUCCAACAUCAUUUUAUGAUUCUUGUGAUGAUUGUGAUACCCUGCCCGAAGAACGAUGGGAAGAAUUUCGACAUAAAUUAGAAGACGAAAAGAAAACAAUUGUUGAAGGACGAGAACGAGCUUCAAAUAUUGCUAAACGAAGUGCUGGUGGUUUAUUUACAGUUGGUGAUGCUUUAGCUAAUCGUUCAACAACCAAUGAAACAAAAACAAUUGAAAGUAAAACAAUGGCAAUGUCUUUUUCAAAAGCAGCUCCUGAUGGUAAAUCUAGUAUAUCAGCUGGUGAUACAAGUAUUCGUUUACCUAGUUUUUCUGAUUUGAAUUCCGAUUCUGAUUCAUCAAAUAUUUAUACUAAACUUCUUGAAUCAAAAGAUAAUCCAUAUGCAAGUGCAAAUGGAAAUUCCAACGUACAAGGAAGUGUUAUAACUAUUGUUUUAUCAAACUCAGAUGGAUCAGAAAUGCCAGUAACAAAUUCAACAGAACCCAUAGCAAUUCGAUUAACAAGACCAGUUGAUAAACGACCGAAAUUUCAAGAACAUGAAUUACAUGGAACAUCAUUACAAUAUCAUAAAGUUGAAUUGCCAGAAAAAAAUAUGACAUUAUCAAUUUAUGCUGCUCCUAACGGUUCACCAAUGGAUACGUAUGCUGUCUAUAUUUCGUAUGGUGAAAACGAAACAUUAUUAGAACCACCGACAGAAUCAAAAUUUGAUUUAAUUUUCGUUUUACCAAAUCAAACAGCUUUAACUAACAAAACAGAUCUUAGUCCAGAAGAUGAAUAUGAAUUAAGACAUACAGUAUUUUUACCACCGGGUGUUCAUUUUGGUAAUGGUACUUAUAUUAUUGGCGUUAGAUUACUAAAUGCAAGUAUAUCAAUGAAUUUAACAGAAUACAAUUCAAGUUAUACAGCAAAUAUGUAUGUAUCAAAAUGUCAAUAUUGGGAUGAAAAACGAUAUGUUUGGAGUUCAGAAGGAUGUGAAGUUGGACCCUUGACAACAUUAAAAUCCACGGAAUGUCUUUGCACACAUUUAACAACAUUUGGCGGUGACUUUUAUGUGCCACCAAAUACCAUUGAUUUCAGCACAGUUUUUCUAAAAUUUAAAAAAUUACAUGAAAAUGCAGCUGUAUUUAGUACAGUAAUGGUUAUUCUUGGUUUAUAUAUUAUUGCAGCGGUAUGGGCACGCAGAUCAGAUAAACAAGAUUUAAUUAAAUGGACAGCAUCACCACUGAUGGAUAAUCUUCCCAUUGACACCUACCAUUAUUUAAUCACAGUUCAUACAGGUGUUGGUAAAGAAGCUGGCUCAACAUCAAAUAUAAGUUUUGUUAUGUCUGGUGAAUCAUCUGAUAGUGGCGUAAGAAAAUUAUCCGAUGGAAAAAUUCAAGAAUUUAAAUCAGGAACUGUUCGAAAUUUUCUAAUGAGCGUUGAAUCACCUCUUGGUCCAUUACUUUAUGUUCGUGUUUGGCAUGAUAAUUCUGGUAUUAAAGAGAAAGCAUCAUGGUAUUUAAAUAUGAUCAAUGUUAUGGAUUUGCAAACUGGAGAAAAGAGCUAUUUUCUUUGUGAUAAUUGGUUAGCUGUUGAGAAAGGUGAUGGUCUUGUGGAUCGUGUUAUUCCAUUAGCAUCAUCAAAAGAAUUGAAAAGUUUUGCUCAUCUUUUUACUCAAUCAGUUAAAAAGAAAUUUAGUGAUGGUCAUCUUUGGUUUUCAGUAUUUUCACGUCCAGUUCGAAGUAAUUUUACACGUUUACAACGUAUUUCAUGUUGUAUAUCAUUAUUAUUUUGUACGAUGAUAUCAAAUGCCAUGUUCUAUAAACAAGAUACAAAAGCAACUGAAAAUAAAGCUGGUGUUUUAAUGAAAAUUGGUCCUGUUCAAUUUACAUUAGCUCAACUGUGGGUUAGUUUUAUUGGAACAUUAAUUGUUUUGCCGAUCAAUUUAAUUAUUGUAACAUUAUUUCGUAAAGCAAAAUAUAGUCAAAAAACAUUAAUUACACAUCAGUUGAAAGAAACUCGUCGUCGAAAUAAAAAAUUAGAAAAAGAUGAACAACGUGAAAAAACAUCAAGAUUUUUCUCACGAUUCAAAAAUCGUUCAAAACAAUCGAAAAAAAUGGAAGGAGAUGAAAUAGAACGUAUUGCAGCAAUAUCUUCAGUUGAAGAUACAACAAGAACACUGCCAUAUUGGACGAUUUACAUUGCAUGGGGAUUGGUUGCAUUGAGCAUCCUUACGUGUGCAUUCUUUAUUAUCCUAUAUUCAUUGGAAUGGGGUGCCACAAGAGCUAAUGAAUGGUUAAUGACAAUGAUGCUUUCAUUUGGUCAAUCGAUACUUGUUAUUGAUCCAUUGAAAGUAUUUAUUAUAACUGCAAUUAUAAGUUUUCUUAUUCGUCGUCCGUAUGAUGAUGAAACACUUGAUUUCAAUGAUCCGUUUACAGGAGCAUUAGUAUCAAAUAAUCAUAUGGCUGAAAAUGAUGAUAAUGGUGGUUUUAAUGAUUCUCAAAUUAAAGAAAUAGCUCGUCAACGUCGUGUUCGAUUAUUUGAUUUGCGUCCAAUUGAUUCAACUGAAAUGGCUCGAGCUCGAGAACAACGGCUACGUGAAAUUAAAAUGGGAGAAAUCAUUCGUGAAAUAGUUGUUUAUAUAUUUUUUACAGUUGUCUUAUUAUUUCUCUCCUAUCAAGCACGAGAUACAAAUUCUUAUGGUUUAUAUCGUGAUACAAAAAAUUUAUUUAUUACAGAUGAUUUUCAUGGUGUUGACUCACUUUCAACAUGGUGGGAUUAUUGUGAUAAUGUUUUAUUGAAAGGCCUCUAUGCUCAAACAUGGUAUAACAAUAAGAGUUUAUCAUGGAGAGAAAAAUUAACAACUGGAAGUCGUGUUUCAAUGCGCGUUGGUGCACCUCGAAUACGACAAUUGCGUGUAAAAGAAAGUAGUUGUCGUGUUCAUCGACGUGUUAAACAUGUUAUAACUCAUUGUCGAGAUGAUUACAAUUGGAUCGAUGAUGACACGAAAGAUUAUACGCCAAGAUGGGAACAAGUUUUAAAUAAAACGGCAGCAAAAAUGAGUGAUGAAACAAAUGAUGGUAAACAAAGAUGUAGAACUCCAUGGUGUUAUCAAAGUAGCGCUCAUACAAAAAGCGGUCCUAUGAAAGCCAUUUAUAAAACAUAUAAAGGAGGUGGUUAUAUCGUAUCUUUGGGUCGAACAUGUGAAAAAGCUCGGACAGUUAUUACAGAACUUCGUUCACAAAAUUGGCUCGAUCAACUGACGCGUGGAGUUAUCAUCGAUUUUUCACUUUAUAAUGCAAAUGUUAAUUUGUUUGUUGCUGUUACGCUUUCUUUUGAAAUGACAUCCAUGGGUUCAGUUAUACAAGAUUAUCAAAUAAAAAUUUUUCGUUUAUACGAUCAUAUCGGUGGUUAUGGUAUUAUUGUUUACUUAUUUGAAUUCCUAUUCGUUGUUUUUACAAUUUAUUCUGCUAUACAUGAAACAUUAUCAAUAAUUAAACAAAGAAGAGAAUAUUUUGAUAAAUUCUGGAAUAUUAUUUCAUUUCUAACUGCAUUAUUCAGUGUAACAGCGAUUGGAAUGUAUGGAACCAAAAAGACGUUAACACGAUUAGCUAUCCGAUCAUUAAGAAAAACAGAUAUGGGUGAAUUUGUUAAUUUUAAUGCAAUUGGAAGUUUUGAUGAAGUAUAUUCAUAUAUUGUUGCAUUAGUAACAUUCUUUACAAUGCUUAAAUUUUUGAAAUUACUUCGUUUCAAUAAACGUAUGGGAAUGCUAUCAAAAUCACUUCGUUAUGCUCAAAAAGAUUUAAGUUCAUUUGGAUUUGUAUUUAUUAUUUUCAUGGUAGCAUAUGCACAUAUGGGUUUUGGUUUAUUUGGUCGUUCACUUCAAUCAUACAAGAGCUUUUUUACUGCAUUAACAACUUGCUUCCGAAUGCUUUUGGGCGAAAUUAAUGCACCGGAUAUGCUUGCUGUCAGCCGAGUCUAUGGUUCAUUUUAUUUUCUUUCCUUUAUUAUUCUUGUCUUCGUGGCAUUGCUUAGUAUCUUUUUGACUAUUUUGAAUGAUUCCUUUGCACAUGUUAAACGAGAACUAGCUGCUUCACAACAGAAAAAUGAAAUGAUGGAUUUUAUGUGGUCCACAUUCCGUAAAGUUGCGGGUGUAAACAAAAAGAAGCCAGAUGCAGAUGAGAAUGAAAUCAUGAAAAAUAAUAUAGCAAGUAUGAUGGACUCAAUGAAUAAAAAUUCUGCUGCGCCAUUGGCUAAAUUUGAGGCUGAAGAUCUUUAA